CCGUGCUGACAGCGGAACUAAAGUGUUGAUCAUGUGAUUCCAGUCAGGACUUGAUUAGCGACUGCACUGUUUACCUUCCGCUUCAGAAAGGGAAUGCCCAACUUUCUCUCAGAAUGUACUCUCACGGUUCGGAGAGUUUAAUUAAACAAGCAAGGGAGAUCCAGGAGCCCGAGCUGCAGAAGUUUUACACCAGAUUAAUCAAGCUGCUCCAAGGGAAGGAGCACGGUCAUGAGACUGUCGACUCCCUGCAGAGGCUGCACCUCAUUUUGUCUGCCACCAAGUACACCAGGACGCUGCCUCCCGAGCUUCAGAAGAGGGUUCUGUCGCUCCUCUCCUCACCUGUGGAGCAGCUUCAGGUGCUGAGCUCAGCUGUGCUCAGAGAGACACUGCCCCUCCCUGGUCAGGAACUGAACUACAACCAGCAGAACUUAAGUCAACCGAACAGCCAUGCUGCUGCUCUGCUGCUCUCACAGGCUGGAUCCACACCUGACCUGUCAUCUCUUUGCGCUCAGCUCCUUCGCAGCCUGGAAGGUCGUCAGUCGGAGAUGCCAGCCCACUCAUUCACACACACCCUGUCCCUUCUCAACUCCAUCCUCACACACAGCCCUGAGUGCCUCACUGAAGAUCACAUCACCCUCCUGAGUAAAAAGCUUGUCGAUUGGUUGCGUUAUGCAAGCAUCACUCAGGGUGGGGCUGCUUCCUCGGGAGGAUUCUUCACGGGGCCCAGGUCACGUCAGCCGGCACCCAUAGCAGAACUGGAUGGGACAGUGUCAGGGGAUUUCUUCACUGUGCUGUGUGUGGGCCAGGGCUUCACUGACGAUCAGUGGAUGAACGUCUAUUCUUUUUCCAUGCUUCGCCACUGGCUUCUCACCUACCACUCUGUUUCCAACGGCAUCACCACAGCUGACACUGCAAACAGGCUGCAGCUCAGCCUCUCCCUCUCCCACUCCUUUUCUAAUGAUGACCGUUCGGAGGUGGACGGAUCAGUGGUUUCUAUGGUUUCGGCAACUUCCUCCUCCAGCCGACUGCUGCCUCCAAAGGAGCGCCUGAGAGAGAAAGCUUUCCAGUACUGCCAGCGCCUCAUCGAGCAGAGUGAUCGCAAGGCACACAAAAGGACAGACGCAGAACUGCAGAAAGCGUGUCUGGUGGAGGCAGUGUGUAUACUGGACUGCGUGUGUCUUGAGGACGCCUCGCUGGUCUACCGAACAUUCCCCUGCAUCAAGGCGCUCUUUGGUCGGCUCAGCUCAGACCUGUCUUUUGCCAGAGUGCUGCUGCCCAUAGCGCAGUUCUACCUCAAUCAUGGUGAAAUGGCUGCAGUGGAUUGUGAGAGUGUGUGGAAGCUGGUGUUUGGCCGAUUUCCUGCUGAGCUGUUCAACGACCACUUCCUGGCACAUGAGCUUUUACAUUUCCUUCGACUGAACCUGGAAAGCCUGCAGCUCAGAGUACCUGAGUACACCCGCUCCUUCCCAAACCUGCUGAAGUUGUUAGCGUGGAACAGCCCGGCGGUGGUGGAUGACUUUGUAGAUCUUCUGCCAUCUCUGGUGACUUCUGGAACUGCAGUGGAACUUCUCCACACUCUGCUGGACCUGCCCUGUCUCUCUGCCACAUUGGUGUUGCAACUCAGGUCAACUUGUUUGCCCAUCUCUGAGCCAGGUGGGCGUGGCCUCUUAUCACUAGAUGCAUUUCGAAGCCCCUCUUUCAGGGGACUUUUCCUCUUCCUGCUUCGAGGAGAAGCAGGCUCAGGCGACACGAUUGACCGACUGAGCACGCUCCAUGAGCUGCUAGCAGAGGCUGCUGAAUGGCCAAGAGUUGUACAGUGUGCGCAGACCGUCCCUGUGCUGUUGCACAUUUUUUUCAACACAGUCAUCACGGUAGCUGAUGAAAAGCUUUUAGCCCAUUUGAUUCUGGUGGUGCUGGAGAGAAGCAGCCUCCUUCUCAACAUCCCUAAAUACGUCAAAGAGAUACACAGGGUGUUCAGCUGCCACCUGCUGAGGCUGUGCAAGCUCCACCCCUCCCUGGUGGUGGACCAGUCUCACGAGCUGCUGGAAUUCGCUGGAGCCACAGCCAAUGUCUACAGCAAAGAGGAAAUUUACACACAUGUGGUGUGGGUGCUCGGAGAAUACCUGUCUGUGUCAUGUGACUCUCGCUGCUCCGUGAGUCUCAUCACUUCCUGUUUUGAGGCACUGGAGGCGGUGCUGUUUGAGAUCACUUCAUCUGCCCCACCACCUGGUGCGGUUUGCCCUGCCCCAAGAGUCAUCACCACUCUAAUGAGUGCUCUGGCUAAACUGGCGUCGCGAUCACAUGACCUCAUACCCAGGGUGUCUCUGUUCCUCUCCAAAUUAAGAACGGUAACAAGAAGUGGAUCAGUUGCCUGGUGCUCCGAUAAAGAGGACCUUGUUUCCAUAGUAACACGAGGCGAAGAGUUGUGGUCGCUGCUGAAGGCCCCUGGUGUGGCUCAGAGCGUCCUGACCCCAGCUCCACAUGUCACAUCACCCCAGUGGCACAGAGACACCAAUGUGGCCAUGCCACUACGACUGCGGGUCCUCACCAACCUCACACACUCACAGUGACAUGUAUUUGUACACACACACACUGCACUUGGAAAUGCAUCAGUGUAAAGAAAAACAAAUCCCUAAUGGAAUGAUUUUCCGAAUGAAUCUUGUUUGAUUUUUGCACCUUAUUUUUGUAAAUAAAUGACAUGAUUUGGCUGAAA